AUGUUGGAUAUGCAAUACAUUCUUGUGCCACUGGUAGAAAGAAGAGAUCUUUGCUUGCAAUGUAUACAGUUGUUGAAUCAGGAAUGGCCACGAAGUGUGGGUGCACGUGAGAAUACAUUACGUAAAUCACUAAAUUCUAUUCCACCACUGUCAUAUGUAUUGAUUGAUGUAAAAUCCGAAAAAUUGGUUGGUCAUGCUAGAUUAUGUCCACUUCCUACAAAACCAGAGUGUUGCUGGAUUGAAUCGGUAAUUGUCUCGAAUAAUCUUAGAGGCAGAGGUUUAGGAUCAUGGCUUAUGGCUCAAGUUGAAAACGAGGCUAAAAAGUUUGGCUUUAGCAAGGUGUAUUUAUCUAGUGAAAAUAAGCAGGCAUUUUAUAAAAAAUGUGGUUAUUUACCUUGCGAACCAGUGCUCAAUGUUGGCGCAAAUGCUACCUUGUUUAAAAAGUUUGGUUUAGAACAAUGUUUUGCUGCGUCUGACGAACCAUUAUAUGAUAUAGUGGAGACAGCCGUGCAACAACCUUUUGAACUUCUUGCUAAUCAUGUUCCUAAUUCAUGA